AUGGUCGAAGUGGGCGACAAAAUGGACGCGAGUGCAGAGCAAGAAAAUGUGCCGACUAGCGCGGAGACGGGGCAGGGAAACGAAGGAGAAGUCGAGGAUGCGGCUGAUACAGAACCAGUCGUCCCGAAGCUUGACCUCUCCGAGGAGACCCAGCUCGUCGCCCAGCCCAGCGAGACAAAAAGCUCUCGAUCCCGAGACCAAAAGGUGGCCUCCCUCUGCGGCUACAUGACGUUACGGGGCAUGUUUCAGUUAAUGGGUCGAACAGUGGGUGCUUGCCCCUGGGCGUACCUUCUCAUCGGUGGGCUAUUGAGCCUGAAUAGUUGCGGGAUGUAUUGGAUGGUGCUAAAGGACCGGAUUCGAGACGGGUACACCCCAUUUGAUGCUCCCUCGCGAAUUGAGACCGCCGUGGUGCGAGAAUACUGGAAUUCCUCAGGCGACCCGAUGAUGACCAUCCUGCUCUUCGUGCCCCGUGACGGAGGCUCGAUGCAUCGAAAAACGCAUCUGGAUGAGACGCAGCGCAUCUACAACUACCUGAACAACAACUUCUCCAUCACCCACGAGGAUCGCGAGUGGCGCUUCAACGAGAUGUGCCACCCCUACUGCGCAAUCAACGUGGUGUUUGACACGUUUAAGAAGCGCUUUGAUGCGGCAUACGACAAGGUCGCAGCCAAUAAAAGCGUGGACAACUCGGACCUCGUCAACUACCCGUUGACGCUGAUUUAUGGCGUUGAGCUUCACCUCGAGCGCACGUUCUUCGGCGUCACCGUCAGGGACAAGGAUGAGCCGUGGGAUGGAUCGAUUGAGGGGAAUAUUACGAAUAUGGGGCAUGCAAAGGUGAUCAUGAUGAUGAUGCGCGGCGACAAGAGCACCCGAGUCCAAGAAGAACUCCUCGCCAAAUGGGAGAUCGAGGCCUACGACUACGCGCUCGGCCAAAAUUCCAGUCUUGUUGAGCUCCAGGUCGUCGGCACCGAGAUCCUCGACGCGGAAAUGAUACGUGAUGGCCGGCGGAUGACACCGUUUUUUGCUGCAGGCUUCGGCUUCAUGGUCUCGUUCGUGAGCGUGUGCGUCUUCUUCAGCGCCGUCUACUACGACGAGUUGGAUUGGGGGAAAAUCCUAUGCGCCGGUGGUGCAACGUUGUGCCCGAUUCUGGCCAUAACUUCGACGUACGGGAUCAUCUCCUUCAUGGGGCUCCGUGUCAACUCGUUCAUGCUCGUCAUGCCGUUUUUGAUCAUGGGCAUUGGUGUCGACGACUCGUUCCUGAUGAUCCACUCCUGGCAGCGCAUGUCCCGAUGUGGCUACACCGUAGUCCAACGUCUCGGAAUGGUCUACGAAGAGGUCGGCCCUAGCGUCACCAUCACCUCCCUCACCAAUUUUCUCUCAUUUGGCAUUGGGGCGAUGACACCGACCCCUGAAAUCCGCAUGUUCUGCUUUGCCACAGCAUUGGCGACGGGAAUUGACUACAUUUUCCAGGCAUACAAUAUAUGGAAAGCCAUUAUUCAUAAGGCGAGGAAUCACACGGGAUGGAGACUUAGGGUCGAAAAAUGCUCGGAGUGCGUGCUUCGACUCUACUGUGGCCUGCUGAAUAAUCGCUUCUUUGUGCUGCUCGUUUUGACAGCUACAGUAUGCUAUUGGUAUUUCGGCAUCGUCGGGCUGCUCAAAAUCCAAACACGCCUCGACACCGUCAAGAUUCUGCCCAAAGACUCGCCACUCCAGAAGCCGAACCAUUUGCUGAGCAAUAUUGUGUGGGCCGAGUACCACCCGGUGACGAUAAUGAUCAACGCGCCGUUCGACGUCACCAACAAGACGCAGACGACGCUCUUCUGGGAUAUGGUCGACGAGUUCGAGACGCUGCACAACGCCAAGGGUCCCGGCUCGUCCCUAGUCUGGCUCCGUGACUACUACCAAUACCACGCAAACACAUGGGGCUACGACCAAGUCUCCGGGAUAGGAAACCUCAACGAUGAUGAGGCGCGGGCGGCGGCCGCGCUCUUCCAAUUCUUCGUGACCGAAGUGGACCCGCGGAACACGAAUGUCACCUACGACAAGCUCGACGCGUUCCUGAAGCACCCGUUGUACGAGCACUGGGCCCCGUUUUUGCAGUGGACGAAUCGGAGCGAUGGCGUCCACGUGAACCGCUUCUGGCUGACGAUCGCCUACACCAACACGUCGAGCUGGGAGACGCGGAUUGCGCUGAUGCAGGACUGGCGGCAGUUGAUCGGAAAGUACCACGUCCUCAACGCGACCGUCUGGGAGCCGAACGGCAUGUUUGUCGACCAAAUGCUCAGCCUGAAAACGGUGGCCCUACAGACCGGCCUGUUGACACUCGUGUGCAUGGCUGUCGUGUGCGCCAUCUUCAUCCCGAACCCAAUCUCCGUGUUCACCGCUUCGCUGGCCAUCGCUUCGAUUAGUUUAGGAGUGCUCGGCUUCCUCUCGUGGUGGAACUUUGAUCUGGACCCGGUGGUCAUGGCCGCUGUUUUGAUGAGUAUCGGGAUGAGCGUUGACUUCACGGCGCACGUCUCCUACCACUAUCAGCUAAUCAACAAAAAGGAAAUCGUCGACGGCCAAAUCGUCAAGAUCAAGGUGGACGGGUCGCAGGAGAAGCUCGUGCACACCUUGGAGGCAGUCGGCUGGCCGAUGAUCCAGGCGGGCGUGUCGACGGUGGUCUGCAUUUUGCCCUUGCUCUUUUUGCAGGCCUACUCACCAUCCGUGUUCGUCGCCACCAUCUUCCUUGUCGUCUGCUGGGGCGUGCUGCAUGGCCUCCUCGUGCUGCCCGCCUUCCUCGGCUGCUUCCCCGACUUUUUGGCCAACUUCAACUGCUACCGCGUGUUCUUCUCGACGUCGAGCGCCAAGAGUUGCCGUUACGUCCCUCGCGACGACGACGAGGAGACGUCCGAACUCGUCGCCCCCGCCAACGUCAACAAUUCAAAAACCGACGACAACUCGGCGAAGCUGAACAAACCCGACUCAGAGCCAUGUGUC